AUGACGAUGAUCUUCCACAUCCCUUGCGACUCCCGCGUGGUCCGCACCACCGUGACCUCCGUGCCAUCCGUGGAUGGGUCCACAGCAUCCACCGCUUACCGCCGCGGCCGCCUCGUGGCGGGGCUGGGCGUCCAGUGGGUGUCCGGGCACGCCGCCACGCUCCAGAUCUGCGUGGGGUCUCGGUGCCUGAUCUUCCAGCUCCACCACGCCGACCUCUGCCCCGACGUCCUGCGCGGCUUCCUCCUGGACUCGAACGUCAUCCGCGGCCAUGCUGAUGAACUCGCGCCACGCUCUCCAGGUGGGCUGGCUCGUGACCAGCUCAGGGGGUGCGUGCUGGCGGAUCGGAGGAGAUCUUGGGGAUCCGUGGGAUGA